AAAGUACAGAGCCUUCAAUUUGGGACAGCCCCGGGACAGAAUCAAGCUGUCCAUCGCUGACAAAGACAAAUGUACAGGCUGUUAAGUGCUAUCUGCGAGCCGUGGGACAAUUGCCAUUGGUCAGCUUAACCACUGUCUCUCUCUGCUGAGGAGAGAGACCGAGAACAUCGCUGUUCACCGAAACCCGGCCAUGAUUCUGCCUCCAUACCGCCCCUUUCAACGGACGGGAUGUAUGCCGUGGACGAGAAGACAUCGACAUCGCCGCGACUAAGCUGACACGUCGCAGGCUAUAUGCUAGACGACGAUGUCGUGACCUCACUUGUCCCUCUAUUGAGCCUGUGGGCUAGCCAGCCCACGAAUAUAUAAAGCUGGGUGGAGUCCUCAUCCCUACUACCCUCACAUACUUCUACAACCGAUUUUCACUCUACAAAAGCACCAUGGCCAAGUACCUGCUCAAAGGCGGAACUGUAGCGACCUUCGUCCAAGCCACCAACAAACCUCGCGCCCACAAAGCCGACGUCCUCAUCGAGGGCGACACCAUCGUUCGGAUCGAGAAGAACAUCGACGACGAACCUGGCGUGGAGGUGAUCGACUGCAAAGGCAGGUGGAUCACCCCUGGCUUCGUCGACACCCACAAGACCGUCCAAGGGACGAUCACUCCCGAGGAAGUCGCAAUCGGCCAGCUCGCAGGCUGUCUGGACGCGCUCAACAACGGCACCACGACCAUGCUCGACCACUUCCACGCCGCGCACACGCCUGCGCACGCGGAAGCCUCGCUCAAGGCAACGAUCGAGUCCGGGGCCCGCGUCGUGUGGGCGCCCGAUCACCUGAGUUCCAACACGCAGCUCUUCCCGACGCUCGAGUUCGCGAAGGAUACCGAGACGCUGCAGUGGCAGCGUGCCAAGCUCACGGAGUGGGGCGCGAACGGCGGGAGGCUCAGUCCCGACGGCCGCGUUCUGCUCGGGUUGGCCUACGACCGCCUUGGGAACGGGAAGGAGCACGUCGUCCCGCACGAGGAGCUGCUGGCGGAGGCGAGGGCCAUACCCGCGCAGACGAUCACUGCGCACAUCCACAGCGCCGAGCAGGUCCUUCUGUGGCGCGAUCCGGGCCUCCUUGGGCCCGACGUCCUCUUCUCCCACUGCUGCGGCCUCGCAGGGCACACGCCGCUUGACGAGGAGGCGUGGAGGGCGCUGAAGGACAGCGGAGCGGCGAUCGGGGCGACGCCCGAAGACGAGAUCGGGAUGGCGCUAGGGCACGGUCUUGUCGUGUUCGACGCGGUCGAGAGGGGCGUGAAGGUCGGGAUUGGUGCGGACACGGCGUCGAUCAACGGUGGGGACAUGUUCACCGCGAUGCGCUUUGUGCUGCAGGAUGCCCGCCACAAGGAGCAGCAUCGCAUCCGCGCUGCCAAGGAGGCCUUGCCCUUCAAAUACAAGUACAACAGUGUCGACGCCUUCCGCCUGGCCACGCUAGGCGGCGCGGAGGCACUGGGCCUCGCGAACAUCAUCGGCACUGUCGAAGUCGGCAAGAAAGCGGACUUGCUCAUCUUCGACGCGAACUCGGUCAACCUCGCUGGCGCCGACGACCCAUUCUCUGGCAUUGUCUUCCUCGCCGCGAGUGAAGACACCGAGUUCGUGUUGGUUGCUGGUGAAGUCGUUAAGAAGAACCACAAACUGGUCAGAGAGUGGGCGCCGGUAGCGAGGGAGUUGCAAAAGAGGGCAGAGGACAUCCGGCAGCGCUGGCCCGCAGAAGUAUUGGAAGGGGCUUGGAAGAAGUGGUAUGAUGCCAACAUGAACUGA